AUGGCCGACGCCAAUCUCGUCGCCGAGGUCUCCUCCGCGCUGCACGAGGUUCUCGCACCGACCACGCCUCCGGAGCGGCGGCAGGCGCUGCAGCAGGCGCUGCAGCAGGAGCGGUCGCGCGCGGGCGCUGGCGCGUGCUACCUGGCCGUGCUCGCCGAGUCGUCGGACGAGGCGCUGCUGUGGUUCGCCCUCGCGGUCCACGAGGCCGCACUCCUCCGCGCGGCCGACACCUCUGGCGGCACGGCCGAGCGGCAGCAGCUUCGGGCUGUGCUGCUCGGCAUGCUGUUUGGGCCGCGGUAUGAGACGCUGCCGCCGAGCCGCCAGCGCGGGCUCGCGGCACACCAGGCCGCGCUGCAGCAGGCGUUCGCAGCCACUCUGCCCUCGGUCUUUGGCACCCUCGCCGCCGCUCUGAGGGCGGAGGCGGCGGCGGGCGGCGGCGGCGGCGGGGGCGGCGGCGGAGGCGGAGGCGGAGGCGGAGGCGGAGGCGGAGGCGGAGGCGAGGAGGGGGAGGGGGCGAGGCAGUGCCUAGGGGCGGUGGUCGGUCUGGCGGCACGAGAGCUGUCCGAGCUGCAGGAGGGCGCAGUUGCGGCGCUGCUCUCCCCGCUGAUCGAGCCGGCGCUGCAGGCGCUCUCCGCCCGCAACAGCACACAGCACGUCUACGCGAUGUCGCUCGUGCGGCGGCUGCAGCGGCAUCUCUCGCCGGCGCUGCGGGAGGAGUACGAGCUGGUGGAGCCCGGAGGUGCGGCCGGCGGCGGGGGGGGCGAGGGCGGCGGCGGCGCUGACGGCGACAGCGACGCGGACGGUGAUGGCGAGGGCGAGGGCGAGGGCGGAGGGGUGGAGCUGCUCGGCGGCGGCGGCGGCGAGGAGGACUCCUUCGAGGCGUUGUGCAGCGACGCAAUGUCGCUGCUGUGCGCCCUCGCGUCGCUGCGAGGGGAGGCGGAGCUGCUGCUGCUCUGUGGCGCCGUCGGCUCCUCUCGGCCAAUCUCGGGCGAUCUCAUCAGGCGUUCGCCGUCCAGCUACGCGGAGCUCCUCAGCCUCGCCCUCACGAAUGCCGUCGCCGCCAUCGCCGCCGCCGCGCCGCCCGCCGCCGCCGCCGCCGCCGCUGGUACUACUCCCUCCUCCUCCGGCGGCGACGGCGGCGCCUCCGCCGGCCUCGUCGCGGCGGUCGGGCCCGCGCAGAUCGGGUCCCUCGUCGGCUCGCCUCUCCUCGCCCCUCCUCGCCGCCGCCAGCUCCUCCUCCUCGCCGCCACCCUCCUGCGGCGGCAGUGGAGGGUCGUCUCGACGCGGCCGCAGGAGCUGCUCGUGCUGCUGCGGCUGCUCCACCACGGGCUCUCCUCGCCCGCCGACCCGCCCUCGUUCCGCACCUGCCUCGCCGCCCUCGCAGAGGCGCUCCAUCUCGAGCUGCUCCUCCUCGCCCUCGCGGCGCGGCUCGACCCGCUCCACGCCUCCCUCCACGACGAGACCACCGAAUGCCUCCACGCCGCGGCGCUCGCCGACGCCGCCCGCCCGCCCUCGCCGCCCGCAAGCUCGGAGGCCGCACCGCCGCCGUUGCUGCUGCAGCUGCUGCAGCGGAGGCUGCUCGACGAGCCGGCGCUGGGGGCGGGGGAGAAGCAGAUCCUCUACGACGCCUUCGCCGCCGCCGACUCGUCGGACCUGCCCUCCUUCCGGCGCAACCUCGCCCGCCUCUGCCACGACCUCACCUUCUUUCGCGCGCGCGCACUGUUCGAGCACUCUGCGGUGUUCUGA